UGGUGCUGCUAAUACCGUCAUAAUACAAGUCGCAACCCAGAGAGUUGGUUAGUUAACAAGACUUAUGCGGUGUGUGCGCGCUUUCUAUACUUCAGUUUAAUUGUAGUGGAAUAUAAUAAAGCUAAAAAAAUGUAAAAACAAAUUUAUUGGAAAAUGAAUAUCAUACUUUAAUUAGCCACGGCGGCUAAAACAUGGGAAGAUCUAAGUUUCCAGGCAAGCCGCCGAAAACGGUAACCAGAAAGCGAAUCAAGGUUCUCGGUCGGCCUGAAGCAACCCAAAGCGAUUCCGCAACCAUUGCUGAGAAUAUCUAUUAUGGACUUUCACUGUUUAAUGAAACAUUUGGCGAUAGUGAAAAGGAGCAUUAUCCGUUUCAUGGAUUUAGCAGUAAUGAAGCAAAAUUAUCAGUUUCAUACAUAAAAACUCAAAAUCAUAAUGCAAAUAAUAAAAAUAAUGAAGAUCAAUCAAAUUUCAAUAAUUCCCAUGAUACUGUUAAAGAAAAUGUUCAAAGUUUGUCAGAAAAUGUUGAAAGUCAAUCCACGGAUAAUGGGAAUCAAAUUAAAAAUAAAACAAACAAUACAGGUAAAAAAGAAAAAGAAACUUACAGUUCAGGUAAUGAAAAGUUAAAUAAUUGCAACAAGUCGAAAAUAAUAAAAGAUGUUAAAUUUAAAAGAGUGAUUCGUGCUCCAAUAUUAAAAUCUGUCAAUAAUAUUUUGGAUUGUCAUCAAAGGACACGUCAAUUACGUAAUAAUACAGCAAAACGUCUACUACAGAGGGCAAAGUUUAAUGUCAGUUCCAAUAAUCGAAAUAUAACUGUUCAAUCUAGUGAUAAAUCGAGUAAUAUUAAAAAAUUUAUCCUUCCAAUGCGUAGUGCGCAUUCUUCUCGAGUUAUUAAGCCAAAUAAAAGAUUUAUCGAAGAAUUAGAACAGAGUCCUAAUGUUGAUGUUAUUGAACAUGAGAAUAAACAGUCAAAAAAAGUCAAAUUAGUAUCAGUAAAAAACAAUCGUUCUGAUAAAUCUAAAGUAAAACAGGUGAAAAAUGCUAAUGCUUUAAAUUCUUCGACGAAAUUUAAUUCUAAAUUGAAUUCAACAAAAGAAAAAGAAACUCCAAAAGAAAGCAGCGAAGCUAAAAAAUCAAAUUUAAUAGGUAAGGUUAAAAUUUUGAAUAAUACAGAGUACAAUAAUUCACCGGUGCAUAAAUUAACAUUGGAAGCAUCAUCAGCUGAUAAAUCAAGAUCAAAUUCUCCAAAAGUUCUUCCAGACUUGAAUGCUCCAAUCAUCGAGUCUUCCAGAAUUAAAACCCGAUCAAGAAUACCCAGUGAUACAGUUGAUGGUGGAAAUGUGUCAAUCAAUGAUCAUUUGAAAGAAAAUGAAAAACUUGAUUUUGUGGAUUCACUUAUUUCAAAUGAUCAAAUCUACGAUAAUGAUAAUAUACAAAAUCAUAAUACCUGUAUUCAGAGUGAAAAUACUCAUCACAACUUCAAUGAAUCUGACAGUUCAAUGUCGCAAAGUACGAGUGAACAAAGUAAUAACAGUGAAGAUGAACAAUCAGAAUGGACAGGAAUGAAAUUAGAUGGUGGAAAAAUAAUUCUUCGAAAGGCAAGAUUGAAAUUAGAAAAUAAAAAUUCCAGUAGCGGCCCAGAAGGACCUUUUUCAGUUACAAGUAUUUCUAGUAAUUCUAAUGGAAAUUUAAAUCCAAAUUUAACUGGAACUGUUAAAUGCGGGGUUUGUGGUGCGGUUCGUUUUUAUCGUUUUGUCAAACAAGCUCGAAAAUUCGGGAUCUAUAGUUGUGAAUCAUGUCGUAAAUUCAUAAGUAAAAUAAUAAAACGUCAAGCUUGUGCAAAAUCUACAAACAGUACUCUUCCUGUUUUACAAUGUCAUAAAGGUGAUGGAUUGUGUUUAGUGCCUCCAGUCGUUAGAAGUCAACAAUGGAAUUUAAUGAGAUGUGCGUACAAAGCUCGUUGUCCUGCUUGUUGGCUUAAAAUGUGUCUGAAAUGUUAUAAUAUACCAACAACAAUCAAGACAGAACUAAAUAAUCUUCUUCCGCCAUUAUUAAGAGAUCCAGUAUUAUCUCUUGGAUCUAUGAAUCAAGAUAAUGAUGUUCUUGGUCAAAAAACUAGCAGUUCAAAAAUUAACUGGCCAGCUGAAGAUUGCUUGGAAAAAAAUCUUUUCAAAUCUGCUAUUAAAUUAGGUGGAGUUCAAGAUGAAAGGAAUCCAAGUUGUCAAAAUACUAAUUCUGAUUCAUCUCCUAACAAAUCUAACCAAUCAAUAGAAGUCUCUCUAAAUAAAAAAAGAAAAAAAGACACAAGAAUUAAAGUACGCAAGAAAACAAAUCUGCUUUUAGUAUCAUCAUCACCAUCAUCAUCAUUGUCGCCAUCUACUACGGGUUCAUCAUCACCUUCAGUUUCUUCUUCUACUUCAUCUCAGUCCUCUCUUAGACAAAGGGUUGACCUUAAAGGACCACGUGUCAAGCAUGUGUGUAGAAGUGCAAGUGUAGCUUUAGGACAACCUAUAGCAACAUUUCCAGCUAAUGAUGAAAAAGAAGAACCUGAUCUUACUAAUAAUAAGUUUACUACAAUAAAAGUUUUGAAAGAUGAAGAAAAGACCGGAAAAAUAAAUGACACAAAAGAUAAAGUUUUGAAUAAAAAUAUUCAAGAGAAUAACGUCAAUUCUAAUAAUAAUAAUAAUAUAGCUCAACAGAGUUGUGUUAAAAAGAAUAAAAUUCAAACAAGUGUUUUUCCAUCAAAUCAUCAUGGUAUACGUACCAUAUCUAAAACGACUUCUAAUAAAAUACACGAAGUAUCAAUGGACUUUUGGGAGCAAUACGAUCCAACAGAAGUCGGAGCUAAAGGCUUUGCUCUUAUUGCUUCUGAAGUUUUCACAGUUUCUGCAAUAUGCUUUCUUUGUGGCAGUGCUGGUAAAGAACCACUUAUACAUUGUCAAUGCUGUUGUGAACCUUAUCAUGCAUUUUGUCUCGAGCCCAGUGAAUGGAACGCUUGUAUUCAACCUGACUGGUGUUGUCCGCGCUGUACAGUAUGUCAAACAUGUAAUCAGAGAACUGGAACAAAAUUAUCUUGUAUACGUUGUCGCCAGUCAUUUCAUCAUUUGUGUUUAUCAAAAUCAGGAGUAAAUGCGAGACUUUACAGUCCCGAUCGUCCAUAUAUUUGUCAAAAUUGCGUUAAAUGUAAAAGCUGUGGAAGCGAAGGUGUAAAUAUCUACGUUGGGAAUUUGCCAUUAUGUUCUAUGUGCUUUAAACUAAGACAACGCGGCAAUUAUUGUCCACUUUGUCAAAGGUGCUAUAAUGAAAAUGAUUUCAACACUAAAAUGAUGGAGUGUAAUGAAUGUUCUUGUUGGGUUCACGCGCAAUGUGAAGGAUUGUCUGAUGAAUUUUAUCAAAUAUUAAGUUAUUUACCUGAUUCAAUUGAAUUUACUUGCAGUCAGUGUUUACCCAACUCCGAUUCUUCUUGGAGAAUUGCCAUUGAAAAGGAAUUGAAAUCUGGCUUUAUUGCAGUUUUAAAGUCACUGAGUAAAAAUCGUAAAGCAUGCAAUGCUCUCAAUUGGAGUCCACGAAAAGAGUGCCUGUGUAAACCAGUGAUUGCAAAUGUUAAGAAAUUGGAUUUUUCUGAUGAUGAGAGUAAAAAAGAUAUUAUAAAUACAGAAUCUGAAGACAACAGUGAGAAAAGUGUUCAUUCAACGCCAACAGAUAGUGAUAAAGCUGAUCUUUUAAGUCGAUUUGAUUUUGAUGUUGAUGAUCAACCACAAGUCGAUAUACCCCGAAGAGGAUUAAGAAAACUCAAACAAAAAUUCCAUUUAAAAGAAUGUUCAGUACGAGUAAAAAAUUGUGCUUUUAAAGAUAGUAAUGAUGGAGAAAUUGUAAAUCAAUCAAGUGUAACGAAUACUCGUGAAUGUCAUUGUUUGGAUGAACAGAUUAUUAUGAAGCCAUCACCAAGUCUUAUGUCUGUGAAACGAAAAGUUUAUAACAAUGAAUAUCAAUCUCUCUCUCAAUUUCACUGUGAUAUGGAACAUGUAGUAAAUAAAACUGCGAUCAGUGAUCUUGUAGAAUUAUAUCACAAAUCUUUACAGGAAAUAUUUCCUUGGUUUGAUCCAAAACAAUCAAAAAUAACUUCUUAUGACAGUGAUUUAUCAACAAACAGUAACGAUUCUACUACUGAUUUAAAUUCAUCAAUAUCAAAAUUAAAUGACUCUAUUUUAGAAACCUGGAAAGAAGAAGUAGCAAAAGCAUCUAAAGCUAUCACUUUGAGGACAAACAAUUUAUGUAGUAAUAUUCAUGUUGAAGAUACUAGAUCUUGUGCAUUGUGUAAAGGUUUAGGAGAUGGUCAAGAAACAAAAGAAGGUAGAUUACUUUAUUGUGGCCAGAAUGAAUGGGUUCAUGCUAAUUGUGCUCUAUGGUCAAAUGAAGUAUUUGAAGAAAUCGAUGGAUCUCUUCAAAAUGUUCACAGUGCCAUUUCUCGUGGACGCAUGAUUAGGUGUACAGAAUGUGGUAAAAAAGGUGCAAGUGUUGGAUGCUGUGCUAAAAAUUGUGGUAAUACUUUUCAUUUCCCUUGCGCAAAACAUGCCGGACUUGGAUUGUACAAUGAUAAAACAAUAUUAUGUUUAUCACAUUUAACAAGUGGUAAUAAUCAACAUUUACAAAAUGAAGAAGAUUUCAGUUUAAAAAGGUUAGUUUAUGUUGAAUUGGAACGAAAAAAGAAGAAAUUUGUAGAACCUGAUAAAAUAAAAAUAAUGAUUGGCUCUCUCAUGAUUGACUGUUUAGGUACAGUAAUACCUAAAUUUUCCGAUAACUCUGACAAAAUAACUCCUAAUAAUUACAAAUGCUCUAGAUUAUAUUGGUCAACGAUAAAUCCUUUAAAAAUAGUCAAAUAUUAUGUGAGAACAUUUAUCAAAACCUGUACAACAGAUAUCACUGUAGAUAUGGAUCAUAAUGUCACAAUUGAUCAUUCAAAAGAACUGGAAAAAGAAGAGCGACAGAAAAUCGAAAACCUAGUUGUCAAACAAACUUUAGAUACACUAAUUGAUUCAGUGUAUAAUAAAGAAAUGGAUGAAAAUUUAGCUGAACAAAAUAACACUGAUCUUCUUCCGCCAGAAAUUACAGAUGUUAUUUUUGAAGACCUUCCUCAUGAUCUUUUGGAUGGAAUAUCAAUGCAAGAUAUUUUUCCAAAAAUGACUUAUGAAGAUUUUUUAGCCAUGGACUUGAAGAAUGAUGGAGCUUUUGCUAAUGACAUAUUGAAAGACGAAAUGUUAUCAGCUGAAGUAGAUGAAAUUAUGAAAUCUUCAGAAAAUAAAUUAAGUAAAGAUAAUAUUAACUCUGACGUACAAAGUGAUGUUUGGUUACAUCUUGAAACUAAAAGUACUGUUCAAGACUUGGUUGAUGAUUUGUUAAAUUCUAAAGCUCAAAAAUUUGGUGGUAAAGAAUUGAAGCGUUCUAAAUCUGAGGUAUUAGGAAAUAAUUGUCUUAUGAAUAAUCGUCGUCGUCAUCAUCAACGGUCUUGUAGUUUAACGUGGAGCUGUAAAUUAGACGGAUCUUGUGGACCUACGGUUAAAAGAAGAAAAUUGUCUAGACCAUCUACUACUACAAUAACUGGUGAAGUUGAUAGUUUCGUUGUUGAUACAUCAUUUGAACAAAAUUCUAUGUUUCAUAAACUACAAAUUCCUGAGAGUAUUAUGGUAACCGUAGGAAGAACUAAUUCUCCUAAUACUAUUUCAGAAUCGGUGAGAGAUAAACGACUUCUCUGGCAUACAAGGCAACAACCAAGAAUGCUACAAGUUGAUGGGCCUGCUGAUUCAAGUAGUUUAAGUGAAUGUAGUUCACCUGAAUAUGAUACAGAAGAAAAUCAUAUCAAUAAUAAAACUUUCAACCAUCAUGAUUCCGUUAAAAACACGAAGUAUUUAACAUCAUUUCAUGAUGGUCAAAAAGUAUUUGUUAAAGAAAAUGAUAAAUCUUUUGAUGAAAAUUACGAUACCGAUGAAAGUAUCAAAAUUCCACAAUUAGAUGGUGCAGACGAUAUUUCUAGUGAUGAUGAGAAUUCUCAUAAUACAAGAAAUGAAAUUGUAACUUAUUCUGUUUCAACAGCAGAUUGUCCAGUGACCUGUAAAAAAUGUCAAUGCACUUAUAGAACUCAGGACAGUUACAAUAGACACUUGGCUAAUUGUGAUAUUGUAACAACAAGUGACAGUGAUUCUGAAACUAUUGAUAAUAAAGGUAGAUCUCCUAUAUCAAGGUUUUCUAAUAAUAUCAAUUCAACAUCGUCACAAUUCAUCACGUUAACUUCACCGUCAGAAGGACAUACUAUUUCUUCAGGAUAUCCAGACAUGCAAGUUACAUCACCUUUAGAAGCAUCAGUACCCUCACCACAUACUGCUGUACAAGUAGAACCAAUAGCACAAGCAUUAAUUACUCCUCGUCAAAUUCAUAGUCAUGCAACUGUGGAAACUGUUCAUCAAACAGUAUUAGCAUCGAAUGAUGUGAUUGUUCAAACACAAUAUACAAGAACAACAAAAACAUUACCAAAUUCAUCAUCGUCAUCGUUGCCAUCAGUAUCAUCAUCUUUAUUGUCAUCAUCGUCAUCAUCUACGUCAACGUCUUCAUCAUCAUCAUCAUCAUCAGUUGCAGUAGCCGCCGCCGCCGCUGCAGCCGCUGCUGCUGCCUCAGCUGCUGCCGCUGCCGCCGCCGCCGCUGCAGCUGCAGCUGCUGCAGCAGCAAUACCUCAAGAAAGUUCUGUAAAAAUUACGGAAAUUAUAGACUCGCCAGUAUCAACUGAUCAAACUCCUUCUACUACUUUGGUAUCAUCAAGUAAUCAUCAAACUGUAACAAACUCUCACUCUAAUGAUUCUACAAUAAUUAGUGAAGUUGAAGAAACACAAUCGAAUCAUCAGUCUUCAACGGUUGUCAGUAAGAUAUUAAAACCAAAGUUAGUACGAACACCGAAGAAUAAAAUUAAAAUGAUCAAACCUCAGAUAAUGAAGAAUACAAUAGUGCAACCAGUUGAACCUCUAAGAUAUCAAACUAUUCAAAAUGCAUCUCCAGUCGUUCAGCUUCAGCAAGCACAACGGCCGACAGCUCCUACAGUUAUUCUUCAACAAGUACCACCGCCAGGAAUUGUAUCAGCUUAUGUAGAUACUCUUCAACAUCAAUCUGAUCAGAAUUUACAAUACAUUACAACAAUUGGAAGUCAAGAUACGGCAUAUAAACCUCAAUUUAUCUCUACUAAUCAAUUAGUACCAAGUGCUUACAUUCAUACAGCUACUUCGGAUAAUCUUUUAGCUCUUUCUAAUGGUGGAAUAUCAGUUUUACCAGGUGUACAAAUAGCCCAACCUCAACCUACUGUUUUAGGAACGAUAAUUCAACAACCUACAAAUGCUAUUCAAUGUGGAGUUAUUUCAUCUGAGCAACUUGUUUUAAGUUCUACACCUACUUUAGAAAUGUUUACUGAUUCAACAGGUAGCAUGUUUGUAUCCAGCCAACCUAUGUAUUAUGGGUUAGAAACGAUAGUGAGCAAUACUGUCAUGUCGUCCAGUCAAUUUGUUGCAGGAGCUGUACCGCAAGUAUUAGCAAGUAGUUAUCAGACAACUACUCAAGUAUUUCAAGCUUCUAAACUUGUAGAGCCUAUUGUGGAUGUGCAAGCAGUGCCCAAUGUUCCAACUGUUCAAGCCGUUCAAGGUAUUUCAAAUGUUCCAACAGUACAUCAAACAGUACCAUCAAACGUUCAAGCUGUACAAAAUUUAUCUAAUAUUCCUGCAGUACCAUCAAUUCAAAAUAUUCCAACAGUUCAAGCUGUACAAAGUAUGCAUGGUGGUUAUGUUGUUGUUAAUCCAACACCAGAUUCUAUUUCUGCUGCUCAAAUCAGUAUUAAUCCACCUGCAAAUAUACCAGCAUCUUCAGAUCAAUCUGAUUUUGAAAAAUUACCUGUUCAAUCAUUAAUAGAACCUGUUAGGGCUAAAUUACAUAUUCAAGAACAAGAAGUCCACUCAGUAACUCCAUUUAUGGAUAUGAAUUCAAGAUCAAUAUCAACAUCUAAAUCAACAACACAAUCAACUCUACAAAAUAUACCAAGAAUUGCUGUCAGACCAAGUCCGGCUACUCAAACAAUAUUACAAUCAAAUUGUGAACAGUGGAAAAUUGUUCCAGACUCUCUUUACGGGGUUGAACAAACACUCAAUAGUAGCACACGACCUUAUUUUGAUUCUAAACAUGUCUCUGAAAAUACAAGUAUGAUAAAGUCAAGUAUAUCAACUAAAUUACCGCUUUUAUCGAAUCAUUAUGUUACACAACGAGAUAUCGUAAAAAAAUUCAAUUGUGAAGUUAAUAAUAUUCAUGACAUUUACAAUAGUGGAUUAUCAAAUGGUAAUUUUAUAACAUCGAUUACUUCAAAUAAUUUACAUAAUAAAACAGUAACAUCUAUGGCACCUACAACGAGACCAAUGAAUAGAGUUUUACCGAUGCAAGCAGUUAAACUAAGACAAGAAAAUAUUGAAUCAGAUAUUGAAAAAUCUACUAAACCUGAAAAUAAAAUAGUUUUAUCAGAAUCUACUCAACAAACAGAAAAGUCAAUUGAUUUAUCUGAUACUAUUGAAAAGCCAUCAACUCCUGAUAAAUUAUUUUAUCUUGACAAAUCAUUAGUAAGUGAUGAAAAUCUAUCAAUAACUGAUGAUAAUGAAAGUUUAUUUCAUAAAAACUCGCCGUUAGAAGAAAAAUGUAAUUUAGAAAAUAUUGUGAAAUCUAUGCCAGAAAUAGAAGAAUCUGUUGAAAAAUUAAUAGAGACUGAAAAAAUAUUAGAAACAACUGAUUGUAAAGAGGAAAUCAAAGAUGAAUCUGUUGAAUUAAAUCCUAGAAUUAGUCCGAAGACUGUAGAAAAUUCUAAUGAUGAUUUACAAAAAGAAAAAUUACAAAAUGCUUCAUUAAAAAUUGUUCUACAAAAACAACUACAAGAUGGAUCAUAUAAAAUUACGCAUAAUAUAAAAUCAAAAGAUGUUCCAAAAAUAACAUCAGUAGAAAUUUUGCCAUCAAAACAGACACCACAUAUCACAUCUCUUCAACUUCUACCAAUUAAAAAAUUUACAUUAAAGGCCAAUAAAUUAGAAGACAAAGCAAAAAUAAUCAACCAAGAUUCAACAAAAUUGACUAAAUCAAAAGUAGUAUCACCGAUUUCUAUGAAAACAAGAUUUUUAUCUAAAUCAGCAGAACCAUUGAAAAAUGAUUCUCCAAAUAUCCUUACCCAGAAAAAAACUGAACCACGAUUAAUGUAUGAAGUGAAAUCACAGGAUGGUUUUGUACAUACAGCUUCAUCUAUAACUGAAGUAUGGGAAUCGGUAUUUCAGGCAGUUCAAGCAGCUAGAAAAGCACAUAACUUACCUCCAUUGACUCAUAAUCCGUUGACUGAAAAUUUAGGAUUGGAUAAUAAUGCAACUAUAUAUUUGGUUGAACAAUUAGAUGGAGUAAAUAGAUGUACAAAGUACAAACCUAAAUAUCAUAAUUUAACUCCACCACAAUUUUUAGAUAAUGAUAUUUUAUCUGAAUCUGACAGUGGUGCUGCAAGAGCUGAACCAUUUGGAGGAAGAAAAGUUCAUGACAUGUUUAGUUGGUUGGCGUCUAGACAUAGACAACAGCCAAAGAUUAUUUCAGCCUCUGAAAUGGAUUCAAGACGUGCAGCAAGUACCAACUUGCCCAUGGCUAUGAGAUUUCGAAUGCUCAAAGAAACAUCAAAGGAGUCAGUGGGCGUUUAUCAUUCACAUAUUCAUGGAAGAGGUCUAUUUUGCCUGCGAGAUAUUGAAGCUGGGGAAAUGGUUAUUGAAUACGCUGGCGAGGUUAUUCGAGCUUCAUUAACUGACAAACGGGAAAAAUAUUAUGACAGUAAAAAUAUUGGUUGCUACAUGUUUAAAAUUGAUGAUCACUUGGUUGUCGAUGCAACUAUGAAAGGAAAUGCUGCACGAUUCAUAAAUCAUUCUUGCGAGCCCAAUUGUUAUUCAAAAGUAGUAGAUAUUUUGGGUAAGAAACAUAUUUUAAUUUUUGCGCUUCGACGCAUCAAUCAAGGAGAAGAAUUGACAUACGACUAUAAAUUUCCAUUUGAGGAUGUAAAGAUUCCUUGUACUUGUGGAUCAAGAAAAUGUCGUAAAUACCUCAACUGAAAGAGACAAAAGUAUGAAUUAAACGUCGUAUUACCAGUAAUGAAGACUUUGAUAAGUAUAUUCAAACGUACGUACUAUCAUGUAAUUCGUCCGAUAAAAUUAUCAAAUUUAUCUUUAACAAUUUUGUUAAUAGAUUGCAGCUUAUUUUAUUAUUUUAUUAUACUAAUUAACAAAAGAUAGUGCAAACAAGUAUCAUUACAACGAUAUUAAAUAUUAAUAAGUCUACAAAAAUAGUAGAUUAUUAAUUAACAUGUGUAUUGCUUUAAUUUUUUAAAAUUAAUAUCGAUUAUGCGCGUCAAAAAUAAUCUAUUAUUUCGUAUCAUAAAAUAUAAUUAGUACACUGGGGCUUUUCAAGAUACAAUUAUAAAUAUAAUUUAAUAACAAUCCGGUUAAUGCUUUACACUAAACAUAGAUUUAAUAAAAGAUUGCAGUAAUGAACUGCUUUUUAUUAGAAUUUUUUUUGUUUGUUUAAAUUAUCAUGACAGUCUAUAGAGCAAAAUUUCUUUUAAUGAAUAACUGAGUAUCCAUUGUAAAUUCAAUAUUCCGUUUAUUAUUUUUUUUAUUAUUACUCUAAUUAUUAUUAAUAUGAAGUCUACCAUUUGUAUCCAUUAUACUAGACUUCCAAUUUAUUCAAGUUCUCUUUUAAAAAGUAAAAUAAUAAUCUAUUUGUCCGUAGCUAGUGUACAGUGUAUUAUGACAAUUUUGUAUCUUCUUACAUCUGUUACUGGGCCCAGUUUGAAUAUUCUCUUGUAAAAUAUGUAACUUUUAAAGUAAGAAUGUCUGCUUGUUUUUUUGACUAAAGUAUAGACGUAAUUACGUCGAUUGAUUGAUGGAGAUAAAAUUUUUUUUUCUCAAUGAAAAAAAAAAUGAUAGAAGAUAUAAAAGUAACAAAAAAAAGCAAGCGAGUGAGAAAAAGAAAAAACGAUA